AUGAUAUGUCUGUGUACUGGGGACUCUGGACGGGUUGAAUUUCGAGAAAAACAGAAUUCGUCUGAUUCUUCUCAAAUUGCUCGACGUCCUGUCAAAUUUCUCUUACUAAGGGUUUUCGGUGGCAACAUCUCAAUUCUGGUGGUGACGCAAGUUGAUUUUUGUAGUUCAAAACACAAAACGAAACUCGAAUUACACAGCCCAGAAAGCAGCAAUGGAUACUAA